UAUAUUUGGUUUUUGAACUAACCCAACAUAACAGUAUGAAAUAGAUUCAAUGACCACUCUCUCUCUUUUCCUCUCUAAUGUCGAUGAUGAGCAGAAAUCGAAGUAGCAUCGCCAUGGGAACACCUUCGUUUCUUGAGAUGAAGAAACAAGCUUCUUUUUUCUUCAAAGAGAAGCUCAAAACGGCGCGUUUAGCUCUCACCGAUGUUACUCCUCUUCAACUAAUGACCGAGGAAGCUACGGAUGGAGACUUGUGGGGGCCAAAUACACAAACCUUGGGAUUCAUUUCAAAGGCAGCUUUUGAGUUUGAAGAUUACUUGCGGAUUGUCGAUGUCUUGCACAAAAGAUUGGCAAAGUUUGAUAAGAGAAACUGGAGAAUGGCUUAUAACUCACUCAUAGUUGUUGAACAUUUGCUCACUCAUGGACCAGAGAGUGUAUCCGAUGAGUUUCAAUGCGAUAGAGAUGUUAUCUCUCAGAUGCAAAACUUCCAACAGAUCGACGAGAAAGGGUUUAAUUGGGGAUUAGCUGUUAGAAGGAAAUCAGAGAAAGUUUUGAAGUUACUUGAGAAAGGGGAAUUGCUCAAGGAAGAGAGGAAGCGAGCUCGUGAGCUGUCUCGAGGGAUUCAAGGUUUCGGUAGCUUCAACCGCAAGUCUUCUUCCAAUGAAGUCCUACAAGAAUCUGCAGUCUAUAGGAAAUGCAAUUCCAACUUUACCAAGCACAAUGAGGAUGAACAAGAGAUCAACACAAUGGUUUCUCCUAAUGAAACCGGUCACUUCCCUCAGCCGCUAGUGAUGGAAACAAACGAGGAAUCUGAGAGGAAUAUGAAAGAAAAUAUGGAUCCUGAAGAUGAUGAGAACACAGAGAUAAACCCACUUUUGGGUUGUAAUGAAAAGGAAGGUCAAGAUCUAGCUGAAGAAGAUGAGAACCAUCCAUUUACAGAUGGUGCAAGUAAGCAUAUCAUCUCAUUGCUUAAUGAGAACACAAACUGAGAAUAUAUAAAUGAAACCACGGUCUGUAUAACACAAUGAGCAGAGACAGAGAGAAAACUAAUAAGAAGAUAGUGUGUAUACCAUUAUGUAUACAAUAUAAUAAUAAUAAACACUUUGUUGAUGACU